ACAUUCGGCACUUGUCGAGGUUAUUAUUAUAUUGUAUAGUAUUGACUACCUAUUGAGUUUUAACACAAUUUCAAAUUUGAAUAUUUAUAACGAAAUAUAAGGAAAAUACAAAAUCUAAAGUAGAUCUAAUGUCUACUGAUAAAAAUCCCACAGAAAGUGGAGGAACUAGUAAACCUCAUAAUGAGGAAAAUACCAAUAAAACUUCUGAAGCCUGGGGUUAUGAUUUGUAUCCAGAGAGAAGAGGAACGUUUUCACCCAAAAUUUCUAACAUUUUAUUAGGUAGGGAAGGCAAAGAAGGCUUAGAAAAAGUGAAAUGUGAGAAAAAUGUGUAUGACUGUAUUAAAAAUAGUUCAAUAGUGAAACUCAUGAUGGCAGCACUUAGAAGCUCUGGUUGCCCUGUUGAUAUACGAAGACAUAUAUCAUGCGAGGUCUGUGAUUAUUCUGUCAGCGGAGGUUACGAUCCUGAGUUGAACCAGAUUGUCGUUUGCCAGAAUGUCUCAACUAGGAAGGGAAUGGUGCAAGGAGUGUUAGCCCAUGAAAUGAUUCAUAUGUUUGACUACUGCCGCAACAACCUUGACUUUAAGAAUAUGGAGCAUUUGGCCUGUACUGAGAUACGCGCAGCAAACCUUACACAUUGCUCGUUUACUAGUGCCUGGUCACAGGGGGAUGCUUCAUGGAAUAAAAUUAAAGAAGCGCAUCAGGAUUGUGUGAAAACUAAAGCCCUGUAUUCAGUACUGGCUGUGCGUCAGAUUGGGAAGGCGGAAGCAGUGGAUAUCAUAGAGAAAGUAUUCCCAAAGUGUUAUAAAGAUUUAGAGCCAAUUGGUAGACGGAUCAGGAGAAAUUCUGAGGACAUGGACAGAGCAUACCGGGAAGCUUCAUAUUACGGGUAUGAAUAAUGUGACUCACUAGGAAUUCAAAACAAUACAGUUCAAAACAUGUCAGAUUAGUGACCAGAAGAAAACCAGAUUGCCUCCUCCUAUUGAAUCUUUAAAUUCAACAAAAUUUUAAAAAGUUCGGUGUGCACUUAACAUUAUGUUUAACUUCAUUAAUAUCGCCAACUACCUUACUGCCUACUAAAAAUGACACCUCACCUAUUCUGUUCUAAUAUUAGAUAGCUGGUGGGUGGCAUUUUGCUUUUUAUGAUAGAACGCCGUUUCCAGUCCGAAUUUUCGAGUUUUUUGUUUAACAUAAACUUGAGAAAGUUGAAGAAAUAUUGAAGAAAGUUUUUUAAAAUAUCACGUUACGCCACAAAAAGUUAACUUGGGCAAACUCGGCUUAGCUGCGGCCAACGAGAAGAGAUAAUUUAUGUAAACAAACUUUGACACUAUUGACUUCAGAGAGAAAUAAAAUAAAAUAGAAUAGUAUGUACGAAUAGUGUCCGAUUCUCUCCCACGCAAAUAUCGUAAUAAAAAUAAAAUUACCUCUCUCCUCUCCCUCUCAGAUAAAGUUAAAUAUCAGAUGGUAAGUAAGUCUUAUUGUGAACUUUUUGACCUAAAUAAAUAAGAUAAGAGAAGUAGUCAUGGAAGAAACCAUGGAAUUUUAAAGUAUUUUAAUUUUUGAAUAUUAUAUUAAUCACUUUCUGGCAGUUGUAGAGAUUUAUGUAGAAGAGACUGUAGAUAUAGUAAGUAUGUAUUGUACACGUUUGUAAACUUACAUUGGAGUAAACAUAGGUCUAUUAUUAUACUUACUACAGCUUGUAUAGUG